AUGGAUUUCACCGGCAAAGUUGUUAUUGUUACGGGUGCUAGCUCCGGUAUUGGUGCUGCUACAGCAAAGAUCUUCGCUGCUCAUGGAGCCCUGGUCACAAUCGUUGGAAGGAACGAAGUGAGACUUACAGAAGUAGCAAACAUCUGUCAAGCUUCAAAAGGAAACAGACCGUUAUGCGUUCAAGUGGAUCUUGUCCAAGAAGGCAGCUGUGAGACAGUAGUGAAUAGGACAGUACAACAUUUUAGGAAAAUCGAUGUGCUAGUUAACUGUGCCGGUAAAGCUCUAGUGACUUCACUGUUCGAAAAUUCAAUGGACAGCUUUGACGAAUUAGUGGCUCUAAAUCUUCGAGUGCCGUAUAAACUUACUCAACUCUGCGUUCCGUACUUGACUUUAACCAAAGGUAAUGUGGUGAAUGUAUUCGGAAAUCCUUGUAAAGUGCGACCCGGUUUCCUCCUAGUUUCUAUGAUUAGAGAGGCUUUGGAGUGUUUCACGAAAUCUGGCGGCUGGGAACUGGGUUGCGAGGGCGUCAGGAUGAACGCGGUUCAACCAGGGCUCACCCGGACAAAUUUUCUAUCAAACUUUAAUGUCGAUGCUGAUCACAUGGAGACCGCGUACAGAGAGAUAGCGCAGUCAAUCCCCAAUAGGACUAUUAACCAACCAGAGGACGUAGCGAAGAUGAUACUAUUUGUUGCUAGUGAUAGCAAUCCCAAUUUAAAUGGUUCUUGCAUAGUGUUGGAUGGUGGUUCUUCAGCUUGUUAG